AUGAAUGACAGUGAGUUAGCUGAUCUGGUGCAAAAGUGUCUAAAGGGUCCUAGAUACCUUGUUGUUGUUGAUGAUAUUUGGAGUAGGGAUGUUUGGGAUAGCAUAUCACAAAUAUUUCCUAAUCGCAACAAUGGGAGUCGAGUCUUAUUGACUACUAGGGAAACUGAUGUAGCAAUAUAUGCAAAUACUAGUAGCCCUCAUAAGAUGAACCUCUUGGAUUUAGAUAAUAGUUGGAAGUUGCUCCGUGAUAAGGUGUUUGGACUAGAACACGAUCAUCCUCCCGAGUUGGAAGAAAUUGGAAAAAAAAUAGCAGAAAAAUGUCAAGGACUUCCCCUAAUAAUUUCAGUGAUUGCAGGGCAUCUCUCUAAAACGGAUGCCAAGACAUUAGAAAGUUGGGAGUAUGUUGCCAAAACCUUAAGUGAAAUCAUUGCUAGUCAUCCAAAUAAAUGCUUAGGAGUGCUCGGUUUGAGUUACCAUCACUUGCCUAAUCGACUCAAACCGUGCUUUCUUUCUAUGGGUGAUUUCCCAGAGGAUUUUCAAGUUGAAACUUGGAGAUUGAUCCAAUUAUGGAUUGCAGAAGGUUUCAUAAGGACGUCUUCUGGAAGUCGUAAAAGCUUGGAGGAAGUGGCUGAACAUUAUUUGGAGGAUCUUAUCAGCAGGAACUUGAUAAUGGCUAGAAAAAAAAGAUUCAAUGGUGAGGUAAAAGCAUGCGGAAUACAUGAUCUGCUGCGUGAAUUCUGUUUGAUAGAAGCUGAAACGACAAAGUUUAUGCAUGUUGUGAGAACUCCAUUUUCAGCAGCACAAGAGCCUAAUUUUCGUCGCUUCAGUAUUCAAAAGCAUAUUAAAAAUGCAUAUAAGCUCUUACCCCCUGUAGCCAGAUCUAUCUACUGCUUUUCUAACUUGGGUCUAACUUAUAAGCUUAGAUUUUUCUCUUGUUUCAACCAUCUCAGGGUAUUGGCCAUCUUUCCUUCCUAUACUUACCCAUUUCCACUUGUGAUUACAAAGUUAUUUCAUUUGAGAUAUUUCCAAGUUCGAUGCUUUGGAAAUAUUCCUGAAUCAAUCUCAGAGCUUCUGAAUUUGCAAACUCUAAUUUGUGAUGUUGAUUCAUUGGAUAUAACUUUACCUAGGAAGAUAUGGAUGUUGAAGAACUUGAGGUAUAUACGUGUUAGGGCACCCAGUUAUUUACCAAGUCCUAGAAUAGAUAAGAAUCUUGUGACAGGGAUGCCAAAUCUAGAGGAAUUUUUUGGUCUUUGUUACUCUAGUUGUACAAAUGAAGUCUUUUCUAGCGUCCCCAAUUUAAAGAGAUUGACCAUUCACGCACCUUCAAUGGUAAACAAUGUUCCAUAUCAUCUCUUGGAUAUGUCGAGCUUGAGAAAACUUGAGGCAUUCAAGUUUUCCUGUAGAUAUAAUUUGGUAAUGCCCAUCAAAAGAUUUGUUUUUCCAACAUCACUUAGGAAGUUGACUUUAGAUUUCUUUAGUAAUUUUAUUUGGGAAGAGAUAUCAUCAACAUUUAUCAUGUUGCCAAAUCUUGAAGAGCUCAAACUUAAACAUUGUCGAGGCGAAGAUGAUAUAUGGAGAUUGACUGACAAAGACAUAUUCAAAAGCUUGAAGUUGUUGUUACUGAGCGAGCUAAAUCUUAAGGGUUGGGAAGCAAGCAGUGAUAACUUCCCUAAUCUAAAACGCCUUGUUCUGAAGAAAUGCAAGGACCUGCAAGAAAUUCCAACAGAUUUCGGGGAAAUUUGUACUUUGGAAUCGAUUGAGUUACAUGAUUGCACCACUACUGCUGAGGAUUCUGUCAGAAAUAUCGAACAAGAACAAGAGGACAUGGGGAAUAAUAUCCUUAAGGUCUACAUCCAUAACAGCCACAGGAAUUGAAGCUUAUUUUGAUGGAUCAUCUAAUGCUAUCUUCCGAAUUCAGAAUCUUGUAGUUCAUAUUUUUGUUUUUAUAUUCUGAUCGUUUGUUAAUUUCAUGUUUUAGGAAUAAGCAUGUUUAAUACAUGUCUCGGCCAAUUGUGUUUUUGUAUUUUGUAAACAGUAACUAGUGAUGUACUCAUGUAACAUCUAUU